UAGACGGCUACGAUGUUUUCCUCAAUACAUGUGGAAAGGUUUUGAAGGGUUGGAUUACCCUGUAAGGAGAUGGCCAAGGGAAAACCCUAGAAGCAGCCACACCUUAGGGCCAUUAUCCAGGCCCAUGCCCGGAUGGAUCCUUUGAUCCUUUGAAUUUUGCCAACACUCGCCGUCAAAAUUCAUUUCCUCUCUCCACCAAGUGAUCUCGGCCUAGACCUGUAAGUGCGAUUCUAAAACCCUAAUAAUUUAUUUUCAUUUUCUGUAUCAAUAUUUCGUUCUUUAUACUUUGAUUCGGAAUCGGAUCAUCAAUGGAGGAGAUUUGAAACCCCUUUCUCUACAGAGCCCUUCUUUCCUUUUUCCUAUCAAGGUUAGAUUUUUUUUUCAAUUUCAAAACCACUUCAAAUCCAGAUUCUAUUUGUCACUUUGCUUGAGCUUAUGGAUCCUUCCAUUUGCUAGUCAUAAAACCCUUUAACCCAAAUCUGAUUAUUUCAAUUCUAAAGAGGUCUCUGUACUUGAACUUGUCAAUGUCUUAUCCACUGACCCAGAUAUCCUAUAUAGGAGUUUAGAAAACCUUAUAAUUCAUUUUUUUUUUCAAUUUCAUCAUGAACAUUGUUGGUACUGAUGAAUACACAUUUGCGGUUCUCCAAUGAACAAGGUUUCCUCCUAUAUAACUAAUUGAGAAAGUGAAGCUCAACAUACAGGUUUUGAGAGAUGAAGGUGUCGCUCAAUCAAAAUAAUGUCAAGUUUCUAAUCAACCAACCGACAUCACUGAUGAUAAGAGCACUGUUAAAUUUAAGGACAUUGCACAAGAGAUUAUGGGUAUGGGUUUUGAUCUUUACAAAACUGCAUUGCUUAGUGCUAUUCAAGAGGAAAUGGGGUUGGUCAGAAGCUCAAAUUCAAAAUGCAUUUAUGUUACAUCCUCAGUGUAUGAAACACUUUGAAAAGAAGAUAUCGAUGACAAUGGAUUACCUUGUGAAUCAAAUGGGUAUUGCCAGAUGCCCAAUGAUUUUGCAUUAUAGCUUGGAGAAGACGUUUAUACCAAGGCUAGCUGUUAACCGAAUUUUAACAGCUAAGGUUCUGAUAAAGGAUAUAAUUUUCUUACAAACAAUUUUGCAUGUGGGUAAGGAGUCUUUCCUAGGCAAGUUUGUCAGCAAGUAUGAGCAAGAAGCUCCUGAAGUAUUGAAGAACUCUCAUAAGAAAUUGUUGGCUGAUGUUGAUGUCACAGCUCAAUUAUACAAAGAUUUCUCUGGGAAAGAUAAGGCCUUUUCAGACAGGUUUUUGAAACCAUAUGAAGAAGAAGCUCCUGAAUUGGUGAAGCUAUUCCAAGAUCAGUUGAAUAUCCAAGAGCUGCUUCUUACAUGAAGGGUUUGAGGAGUCGAGAACUCAUUACAGCACAUCAUAUCAUGGAACCUCAUGCUUUGCUUGCAAGUACUUAUACGCUGUGGAGAAAGGAAAUUCAUCCAACUCUGGCUGCUCGAAAUCAGAAGUUACUGAAGAAGCAAUGUUGUGCAACCCAGGUUAGAAUGAAGGAGAUUGGUAUUCCAAUUGCUUCAAAUGCCAUCUUUGCAAUCAGAAAAUAGGGACUCUGGAUUAUAUUCUUUGGUUCUGUGAGUUCUCAAAGUAAGGCGGAAAAUAGAGAAUUGGGAUUAUAUUCUUUGGUUCAGAAAAUGUUUUAUGAUCUGUGGGUAACAACCUACCUAGUGGUUAGAGCUGAACUAUGUAAACUGCACAAUGCCAUUGCUUUUGAUGGUGCAAAAGUGCCUUAAGGGAUAUCAAAAUCAAGGUGCAUUUGAUGAUUCAUGAUAACUUUAUUAGAUUGAAGUGGCAUAUGCACAAUACUUGAGAAGAUUUGGAAAUUCUUGCUUAUUUUGAUAUUCGAAAGAGAGGACUCAAACACUUGUAACCUAUUGAGUGCAAAUGGUCUCCUCAUUAAGAUGAGCAGAUCGCCAGAUUAUGGUGUGCUGUGGUGCUGCAAGGGGUAAUCCACAUCUGCAGUCUAGGCAACGUGUUAAUGCUUCAGAUUGUAGAUUCUUAGUUACUCAGGCCAUUGGCGUGUUUUGUGAUGGUGCUGCAAGGGGAUAUCCAGGUUACGCUGUCUAGGCAACAUCAUUGGUGCAUCAGAUUAUAGAUUGUUUAAGUGCUCAGGUCAUUGGCUUGGGUAUUCAAAGUUGCUACGUGGCUGAGGUCUUUGUUCAUUGGAAUGUAUCUAGGAUCAUUGUGGUGUCGGAUUCUUCAAGUGCAAUUGCAGCUUUCAAGUGUGUAAAUAUUUCCCAGGUGGUCCAAAUUUGGAUGGUAAAGGGUCUGCCCUCUGUACAACGACGGUAUUAUGUUCCGUGAUAAUUUCUGCGAAGCUAAUUUUACUGCUGAUGCCAUGUCCAAACAUUGUGUCUCUUCAACCUGGUAUGAUAGAUUCUUUGGUAGGCCUCACCUCUUGAAUGCCACGGUUCAAACUAUUAUUUAUUUAAUUAUUUUAUUUUAUUUUCUUUUCUGGCCUGGGUGCCUUUUUUCUUC